AGACAAUGUCGCGUCCUGGGCGUACAGGCACGUGGCAAUUCAUGUCUGCCAGCUCCUCCCCUGACAAGGAGCAUGAGGUGUCAGACGAUCUCGAAUCCAUCAUACACCUUCACCGUACACCUAACCAGCUGCGACUACAUGUGGCUGCCAUGUACGAGGGAUACGACGUUGGAAGGAUAACCGAAAAUUGGCGGCGUGACGAAGAUGUGCUCAUGCGAGCGGGAUCUACUUAUUUCUCUUCGAGGCCCGCAACAACGCCCUCG